UGGUUGGUUGGCUAGCCUGCCUGAUGUAAACACUGCAUGGCGGCUCUUCCUUCGAGCACGUGAAAUGGGUAUCGUGGAGAGAAAGCAGAGAGUCUUUUAUAAGAAGACCAAGAGAGGAAAUAUUAUCAAGGUUGUUAGAGAACACUAUCUUCGAGAUGAUGUUUGGUGUGGCCUUGAUGGAUGUGGCAUGUGUGAAGGGGAUUACCGGCCUCUGGAUUCUCUAACAACCAGUGAUAGCACUUUGGUGCAAAAACCACAUCACAUUAUCAUAGACACCAAUGUUGCACUCCAUCAGAUUGAUGUUUUGUGUCAUGAUGACAUAACAAAUGUGAUCAUUCCACAAACAGUGCUGCAGGAGGUGCGACACAGAUCCUUGCCGGUGUACAAGAAACUACGGGAUCUGAUUGAGGAAUCUAAAAAAAAAUUCUUUGUCUUUUCAAAUGAACAUCAUGGUGAGUGCUACAUUGAGCGUGGUGAAAAGGAGUCAGCUAAUGAUCGAAAUGACCGUGCAAUCCGAAUCACAGCCUGGUGGUAUAAGCAACACUUUCGCACAACCAACCAGAACAUUAUCCUUAUCACCAAUGACAUGGCGAACCGUGAUAAAACAAGGGAGAUGGACGUGGAAUCUUACACGAUGUACGAGUAUGUCUCCAGUCUCCAGAGUUCACCUGGUUUGUUAGACUUGGUGGCCAAUAUCGAGGAGGAGAAUGAAGAAGAAGAAGGCAUGAAGAAAUACCUCUACAGUCCGCACAUGAGCCUGGAGCAGAUGCGGCUAGAGAUUAAGAGUGGCCGUUUGCGUCAAGGUGUGCUGAAAACAUCACGGCACAACUACCUGGAAGCCAAUGUCAUGGUGGAAGGCUUGGAGAAGUCUGUCCUGAUUCAAGGACGGCAUAACAUAAAUCGAGCUCUCCAUGAUGAUACUGUUGCUAUCAAGAUAUUUCCCAAAGAGCAGUGGUCUUCUCCCUCAAAUGUUGUCAUUGACCAAGAGAAGCAGGAAGAGGAGAAGAAUCUUAACAACGAAGAUGAAAAGGCAGAAGAAGCUAGUCUUAAGCAGGAACAAGCUCUGUUGGCAUCAGGCAAGGGGGACGGCGAACGGCAACCAACUGGAUGUGUGGUGGGAAUCAUCAGGCGAAAAUGGCGGCAGUAUUGCGGCAUUUUGAAGAAAAGUGACUUUGCAGAAUCCACACGCCACUUGUUCAUCCCAGCAGAUAAGAAAAUCCCAUUCAUCCGCAUUGAAACGAGGCAGGCAGAAAUGCUGCAGAACAAAAGGAUUAUUGUAGCCAUAGAUUCUUGGCCAAGAGAUUCCCGUAACCCUAAGGGUCACUUUGUCCGCGUAAUAGGAAUCAUUGGGGAAACCGAGUCAGAGAACGAGGUCAUCUUACUGGAGCACGACUGUCCACACACUAAGUUCUCAGAGGCAGUUCUCAACUGUCUCCCAAAGCUACCAUGGUUAAUUACAGAAAAAGAUGAACUCGAGCGAGAGGACUUACGACACCUCGACAUCUGUUCUGUUGAUCCUAUAGGCUGCACUGAUAUUGAUGACGCUCUACACUGCCGUGAACUCCCAAAUGGAAACUUUGAGGUUGGUGUCCACAUUGCUGAUGUAUCUCAUUUCAUCCGGCCACACACUGCAUUGGAUAAGGAGGCUCAGAACCGCAGCACAACUGUGUACUUGACUAACCGUCGUAUCGACAUGGUUCCUGAUCUUUUGAGUAGUAACCUGUGCUCACUUCGAGGCAAUGUUGACAGAUUUGCCUUCUCUGUCCUGUGGGAAAUAACACCAAAGCCAGAGGUUUUGUCGUCGAGUAGUUAUUUAGUUCAUAAUGAUUGUAUGAUAUUUUCUGAAAAAUUACUCAUCGUCUAUAUAGAAAAAUUGAACUGGUACCUACUAGACAGCGACAUUGAUGAACCACUCCAAAAAUGUACAGACAGUGCUUAA